AUGAAGACAUCUGGGAAGAAAAAUUGGUUACGCUUAAUAUUGAUCACCACAUUCUUCAUUGCGCACGUCGUUGCAGAAAAGCAAAAGCGACAAAUAUUCAGGGAACAAGUAUUACCAGCAUUAGGGGGUAAAAUUCCAGAAGAAGCUUUCAGAACUGAUCGGUUAGCACUGAAUCGGUUAAACAAGGAAGGUAUUACAGUACCCGAUGGUGUAGUUUUAGAUGGCCGAAGUGUACAUAAACAUACUCAACAUGUUCAAACUAUGCCAGAAGUAAUAAAGGUGUACAUAACAUCAGAUGGACGAUAUGUUCCACCGGAAGGCAGAUUUCAUUACAACCAUGCAAAAGCAAUUGACACAACUUAUGUUAUUCGUGCACCAUAUAAGCAUCAAAAGAAUUACUUUAGCAAUAAGCAAAGAGACUUUGUAAAGUCACAAGCCUAUGCUAGUUUCAGGCAAUUUGUACCUAUAGUGCCUCCAUCGAAACCUGGAAUUUACAAACCUAUAGUAACACCUUUAGUACUUCCUGGUAAUACAGAUCUGUUGGAAGAAACGUAUGUACCAACUUGGAACAUUCACUACGAUUGGGAUUCUGUCUAUCAACCAUUUGAUGACUACAUUGUCGAUAACAUAGCAUUUUUUAACUCUCAUGAGUCUUAUGGGGAUAGACCGUUUCCUUAUGGGAAAGUGUUUCGACGUUACGUAAGCAUUGCUGCUAGCUACAUCAUGACGUUAGAAGGUACCGAUAUUGGCUUCUAUCCAGAACGAAGAUGA